AUGGCCGCUGAGCUGUGCGAGCGCUCGAUCGUGGCCCGCGAGCAGUUUGAGGCCGCGGCGCAAAUUCUUGGCUACGAUCUGCUAAAGCUCUGCGUUAAUGGUCCGGCCGAGGACCUCGAUUCGACCGCCUACAGCCAGCCGGCCCUGUACGUUAGCAGCCUGGCGGCUUUGGAGCAGUUGCGGCUCGACGAUCCCUCUGUGGUGGACAACUGCGUGGUGACCGCGGGGCUGAGCCUUGGCGAGUACACCGCGUUGGCGUUCGCCGGCGCAAUCUCGUUCGAGGACGGCCUGCGGGUCGUGGCCGAGCGUGGCGCCGCGAUGCAAGACGCCGCGGAGGCCACCCCCUCGGGCAUGGUUAGCGUGCUCGGUCUCGAGGUGCUCCAAAUUGCCGAACUUGUUGACCAAGCCCGCGGCGAUGACAUUCUGGAGAUCGCGAACCUCCUGUGCCCAGGCAACACGGUCGUGUCUGGCGGCACCGCCGCGUGCGAGCGGGUUGCCGAGCUCGCCGACAAAGCCGGUGCGAUGCGGGUUGUGCCGCUGGCUGUGGCGGGUGCGUUUCAUACCAAUCUAAUGAAGCCGGCUGUCGAUCGUCUGCAGGCCAAGCUGGCGGAUGUCACGAUAUCCGCCCCGCAGAUCCCGGUGAUCUGCAACGUCGACGCCGACGUGCAUGAAGACCCUGAAGAGAUCCGCGCCCUGCUGGUAAAGCAGGUGGUCAGCCCGGUCCGCUGGGAAGACUCGAUGCGACGCAUGAUCGACGACAUCGGCGUCGACACGGUGUACGAAGUCGGCCCCGGUAAAGCACAUGUGUCCGCGGACUUGUCCGGGAGGGUCGCGUUGGUGACCGGCGCCUCGCGCGGCAUCGGCCGGGCCAUCGCUCUGCGUUUGGGGCAGGCCGGCGCCACGGUGGCGUGCGUUGCGAGGAACCUCGAGAAGCUGGAGGAGAUCGCUCAGGCGGUGCGCGACGCCGGCGGGAACGCCAGCGUGCACCAGUGUGACGUCUGCGACUCCGCCCAGGUGCAGCAGACCGUCGACGCCGUGCAAGAAAAAUGGGGCGGCAUCGACAUCCUGGUCAACAACGCCGGCAUCACCCGUGACACGCUGCUGCUCCGCAUGUCGGACGACGACUGGGGCGAUGUCAUCUCGUCGAAUCUUCGGUCGGUGUUUCUGUUCACCCGGGCCGCGGCCCAGGUGAUGGUGCGGGCGAAGCGUGGACGCAUCAUCAACAUCUCGAGCAUCUCCGGAUUGAUGGGCAAUCCCGGGCAGGCAAACUAUUCGGCCUCAAAGGCGGGUGUGAUCGGCUUCACCCAGACCGUGGCGAAAGAAUUGGGCAGCAAGCGCCGCCCCAUCACCGUCAACGCCAUCUGCCCCGGCUUCAUCCGCUCCGACAUGACUGACAUCCUCGCCGAGGCGGGCGGCGACACCUUUCACGAUGUCGUGAAGCAGCGGAUCCCGCUCCAGCGGCUCGGCGAGCCGGAGGAAGUCGCCGAUGCGGCGCUGUUCCUGGUCCUUCCGCUGGGCCCCGCCCUGACGCCACGGCAGCCGGUCCGAUCAGAAGCGUCCCGCAAGCGGAUUCAAGGAGAAACAGUAGUGGCCUCGGUAUUGGAACGCGUCACGGACAUCGUGGCAGAGCAGCUCGGUGUCGACAAAGAAAAGAUCACCGCUGAGACGUCGUUUGUGAACGACCUCGGCGCCGACUCGCUCGACACGGUCGAGCUGGUGAUGGAACUCGAAGAGGAGUUCGACAUCAAUAUCCCCGACGACGCCGCGGAGAAGAUUCAGACCGUUGGCCAGGCGGUGGAGUUCAUCGAGCCCGGCGCCCUUUUUAUUGGCCCCAAGCGUGAGCAGACGCGGGCGCCAUCCUCCGCUCUUUCCUCCGACACUAGACAGCGGACGACUGCUAUGAAACGGCGUGUGGUAGUAACCGGAAUGGGCGCGGUGACCGUCCUGGGCUGCAAGGUAGACGAGCUCUGGGCCAACAUCCUGGCUGGCAAGAGCGGCAUCCACGAGCUCAAGGCCUUUGACACGACGCGUCACAAGGUCAAGUUUGGCGGCGACAUACACGACUGGGAUCCGUCGGGGUACAUCUCCUCGAAGGAGGCCAAGCGUAUCGAUCGGUUCACGCAGUUCGCCCACGUCGCGGCUGUGGAUGCGGUCUCGCAGUCCGGCUUGGACUUUUCUCAGGAGGAGCCCCGUCGGUGCGGCGUGAUCAUCGGUUCUGGCGUCGGCGGGCUGACCGAGAUCGAGGCUCAGCAGACCCGUUUGAUCCUCAAGGGUCCGGAUAAGGUCUCGGCGUUUACCAUUCCCAAGCUAAUGGUCAACGCGGCGUCUGGGCACGUCUCGAUUCACUUCGGCCUCAAGGGUGUGAACGUGGCGGUCGCGACCGCCUGUGCGAGCGCCACCAACGCCAUGGGCGACGCCUUCCGUGCAAUUCAGUACGACGACGCCGAUGUGGUGAUAACCGGCGGCAGCGAGGCGGCCUGCACCGAGAUGGGCCUUGCCGGAUUCGCUAAUAUGCGGGCCCUUUCGGAGCGUGGGGACGACCCGCAGGGCGCCAGCCGGCCCUUUGACGCUGAUCGCGAUGGUUUUGUGCUGGCCGAGGGCGCCGGCGUGCUGGUGUUCGAGGAGUACGAGCACGCCAAGGCGCGCAACGCGCCGAUCUUCGCUGAGAUCGUCGGGUACGGGGCCAGCGGAGACGGCGGCCACAUCACGCAGCCGGACCCGAACGGUUCCGGCGGCGCAUGGGCCAUGACCUGCGCCAUGCGGGACGCGAAGCUCAACCCCGAGGACGUGGACUACAUCAACGCCCACGGCACCAGCACCCCGUUGGGCGACAAGGCCGAAACGAUGGGCAUCAAGUCUGUGUUCGGCGACCACGCCUACAAGCUCAACGUGUCGAGCACCAAGAGUGAGCUCGGCCACUUGCUGGGCGCCAGCGGCGGGGUCGAGCUGAUCCUCAGCAUCAAGGGACUGCAGGACGGAGUCUGUCCUCCCACGAUCAACCUGCAGACGCCCGAUCCGGCCUGCGACCUCAACUACACGCCGAACGAACCUCAGCAGCGCGACGUGAAGGCACGCGCCGUCCUCGACUCGGCGGCCAGCUUCUACAGCAAUCUUCUCGAGGACUCAUUGUCGCCGGUCUCGGUGCCGGGGCGGUUCUACGGGGUCGGCGGCGGGACGGCGAACUUCUACCUGCAGUUCGCCGACCCCAACUUUCCGCACGACUCGACUCGCGCCGUCAGCCUAGGCAGCUACCCGAUCGCUCAAGACGAGUACAUCGUGUUCGUCGGCGGGGCGCCCCUCGGAGGAUCUCAGCUUGCCAGUGCGGGGCUGGGAGGAUCAAGCUACGACUACCAGCUGUUCGUCGAGGAAGACAUCCCCAAGGUUGAGCAAAUCUACGCCAACUUUGUGGCGGGGUACGAAACACGCGGUCAGUCGAGCGGGUUCGCCCACUGGGGCGGGACCAUCUCAUUUGACAACGACGGCGGCGUCAAUUGGAGCUACACCGUCGGGACGCCGCCGGGACCGGGGCAGACGGACCUCUACUCCGUGGCGCUCCACGAACUGGGCCACGUGCUGGGCUUCGGGAGCACAACGCUGCAAGAGGAGGGGCUGGUGGACGGCGCCAAUCGAUUCAGCGGCGCCGCUGCGGUGGCGGAAUACGGAGGGCCGGUUCCGCUCAGUCCGGGCGGUGGUCACUGGGCGGAGCAGACAAUGUCCACGGUGCUGGGGACCGGCGCCGCUCAGGAGGCGCUCUACGAUCCAAGUUUCAACGGUUCGGUGCGCAAAGACCUCACCGCCCUCGACGCGGCUGGGUUGGCAGACCUGGGAUGGAGCAUCGCGCUGCCUCAGUCAAUCGCCGGCGACUUCAAUGGCGACGGCCUGGUUGACUCCGCGGACUACACCGUCUGGCGAGACGGCAUCGGUUCACGGUUCACCGCGUCGGACUACGACACUUGGCGCCAGCACUACUCGGAGGGCGGCGCCGCGUCCCCUGUUAAUUUUACGGCCCCUGCCCCCUCCGCUUCGCUGAUCUUCCUCACCAUCGUGUCGGCCGCGUUUGCCCAGCAGCAGGACUGGUCGGCGCCGCCUGCCGAUGCACGCUAUGGCGCCCAGGCGAACGGCGGGGGAGCAGCUCCUGCUGCCGGGGACUCUCGAUACAACCAGCCGGCGGCGCUGCCGACGGGUGCGCCGGCGCCUGACAACAGCAUCACGCCGCUUCCCGGGGCCACUCCCCCAGCAGCGGGAGCCGCGGCGCCCGGAGGUGGCAUGACGCCGCUAGGCGGCGCAGGCCCGAGCCGCGCACGCGUGACUAAGGGCGCGGCCUCGCUUCCCAAUGAUCACGGCCAAGUGAUGCGGGAAUACGACAUUCGCCCGUACACGCUGCGGGCCGCCAACACACCGCACCCCCAACAAACCAUAGUUGACUGGGUUCUGCGAGAAACCGGGUACGAGACCUGGCACUCCGAGCCGCUGGGCAUCCUCAGCGCUACUCGCGAGUCGCUCCGCGUUUACCACACGCCCGAGACCCAGGCCAUUGUGGCGGAUAUCGUCGACCGCUUCGUAAACACCCAGCACGAAUCCCAAGCGUUUGCUCUGCGGAUCGCCACGGUCCGCAACCCCAACUGGCGGGCCAGCGCAAUGCCGCUGAUGACCGCCAUCCCGGUGCAGUCGCCCGGCAUGCAGGGGUGGAUCCUUCCCAAGGAGAACGCGGCCCUGCUCAUGGCGGACCUUGUGCGUCGGUCCGACUACCGCGAGCACAGCGCCUCGGGACAGCUCGUGCUGAACGGCCGCGCCGCUGUCAUGUCCACGAUGCGUCCCCGGCAGUACAUCAAGGGCAUUGUACGGACCCAAAACACUUGGCCCGGCUUUCAGCCGGAAACCGGCGCCCUCGAGGAGGGGGCCAGCAUGGAGUUUGCGCCGCUGCUCUCGUUCGACGGCGCCACGGCAGACGCGAUCCUUAAGCUUCGGGUCAACCAGGUAGAGAAGAUGCAGCAGACUAUGAGCACUCUCUCUCCUGCCCGCCGCGUGGUGAUCACGGGCAUUGGCCUGAUCAGCCCUUCUGGAUGCUCGCCGGACGAGCUUUGGGGCAACCUGUCCGCCGGCCGCAGCGCCGUCGGGCCAGCAACGCUCGUGCCUGGUUCGGCUGGGCCGAUGAAGAUUGCCGCCGAGGCGAACGCAUUCACUGGGGCGAUUGACGACUUCGGCGAGCUGGAGGGCAAGCUCAAGAAGUCGAUCCGCAAAGCCAUCAAGAUGAUGUGCCGCGAAACGCAAAUGGCGGUGGCCGCCGCACAGCUUUCGCUGGCUGAUGCGGGGAUUGCGGAAUCGGACCUCCUGCCGGAGGCGUCCGGCGUCGUUCUCGGCAGCGACUACAUGUUGACCAUGCCAGAAGACUAUGUGCGUGCGGUCGCCAAGUGCGCCGAGGAAAACGAGUUUAAUUACAAACGUUGGGGUGACGAAGGGCUGGCCGAGAUUGAACCCCUGUGGAUGCUGCGCUACCUACCCAACAUGCCCGCCAGCCACAUCGCAAUCUUUAACGACUUUCGCGGCCCCAACAACUCCCUCACGAUGCGCGAGGCGGCCGGAUUGAUGGCGGUCGGCGAAGCCUAUCGGAUUAUUUCUCGGGGCGCCGCUAGCCGCAUGAUCGCCGGCGCCACAGGAACCCGGCUGAUGCCGAUGCAGGCGAUCCACUCAAUGCAGAUCGAGCAGCUGGCUCCGGCCGGGGACGACCCCACCAAAGCCUGUCGCCCCUUCGACAAGGAUCGGCAGGGAAUGGUCGCCGGCGAGGGCGCUGCGACAAUUGUCCUUGAGUCGCUCGAGGCCGCCGAGGCUCGCGGGGCCAAUAUAUAUGCGGAGCUGACGGGAUUCGGCUCCAGCCAAGUGACGGACCCUCAGCUCAACGGCAAGACGGACGCCGCUCUGGAGAAUUCGAUGCGUGCGGCGCUCGCCGACGCGGAGUUGACGCCGGAAAGCGUCGGGCACAUUAGCGCGCAUGGGCUGGGCACCACCGACGGCGACGCGGCCGAGGCCCGCGCCAUUAACGCGGUGUUGGGCGAGCAUGCUAGGCAGACUCCCGUCACGGCCCUCAAGAGUUACUUUGGCAACCUUGGCGCCGCGGGCGGCGUGGUCGAGUUGAUCGGGGGCUUGCUAGCUAUGCGGAACAACGCCCUGCCCCGAGUGCUCAACUACCAGACCCCUGACCCGGAGUGUCUGGUCAAUGCCGUUCGCGAAGACGGCCAGCCCGCAGGAGGAAGCGUUGUCGCCAGCAGCGUGACGCCGCAGGGGCAGGCUGCGACGGUCGUGGCGGUAACGGCCGGCUGA